CUUUAAAAGAAAGUUGUUUUCAUGAGCUGAGCUGGACUUACCGCCUUAAUGGUACAUUCCCGCCCGUCGUCGAACUCUUCCUUUUUCUAUCGAAGUAGCAGGCAUGAGCAUGCUCAGGCUCCAGAAAAGACUCGCUUCCAGCGUGCUGCGCUGCGGCAAGAAGAAGGUCUGGCUGGACCCCAACGAGACCAACGAGAUCGCCAAUGCCAACUCGCGCCAGCAGGUACGCAAGCUGGUGAAGGAUGGUCUCAUUAUCCGGAAGCCUGUCACGGUCCACUCCAGGGCCCGCUGCCGCAAGAACACGCUGGCACGCCGCAAGGGCAGGCACAUGGGCGUCGGCAAGAGAAAGGGUACCGCCAACGCCCGCAUGCCAGAGAAGCUGUCGUGGAUGCGCCGUAUGAGGAUCUUGCGUCGUCUGCUGCGUCGCUACAGGGAGUCCAAGAAGAUCGACAGGCACAUGUACCACAGCCUGUACUUGAAGGCCAAGGGUAAUGUGUUCAAGAACAAGCGCAUCCUCAUGGAGCACAUUCACAAGCUGAAGGCCGACAAAGCUCGCAAGAAGCUCCUGGCCGAUCAAGCCGAGGCCCGCCGUACCAAGACCAAGGAGGCCCGCAAGCGUAGAGAGGAGCGCCUUCAGGCCAAAAAGGAGGAAAUCAUCAAGAACUUGUCCAAGGAAGAUGAGGGCAAAAAGUGAUCGGGCCUUGCAGUCUCCCACCCUGUGUGUGGAAAGCUCACAAUAAAGUGUACAUAAAGACA